AUGGUCAGCGCACGAGCUCUCCUCCUCGCGGUCACCUGCUGCUGCGCGUACCUGUGGCUCGCUCGUGCAGAGGCAGACUCUUCACUGGAGACGCGCUCGUUGGAUUUCUCGCCGAAAAGACAACAGGAGAAAGACCUGAUUGAUGCGUUGCAAGAAGUGCUGGAGAAGCUGAGGAGCAAGGAGAUGCCCUCUGAGAAAAAGCUUGGCUGGUUGCCUUCGUGUGACGCAGGGGAGCCAUGCGCCGUGCGUAAAGGCGCGCGUAUUGGCACCAUGUGCAGCUGUCCCCGAGGGACCUCCUGCAACUUCUACGUCCUCAAAUGUUUGUGA